AUGCUUCACCGCGUGGCUGACGCUCUGGUGGCGAACGAGCAGCAGAUUAUGGAGGAGAACGACGUGGAGGAGGCGCGUGGUAAGAUCGCGGACGCGCUGCUGCAGCGGUUGAUUAUGAAGCCCCAGAAGAUCGCGCAGCUGGCGCAGGGCAUCCGCGCAAUCGCGGCGGAGGACGAGCCGAUUCGGCGCGUGCUGUCGCGCAUCGAGGUCGCAGACGGCUUGGUCUUGGAAAAGCAGACCGCGCCCAUCGGCGUGCUGCUGAUCAUCUUCGAGGCGCGUCCCGACGCGCUGCCCCAGAUCGCGUCGCUCGCGCUGCGCAGCGGCAACGGGCUGCUGCUCAAGGGCGGCAAGGAGGCGGCGCGCUCCAACGCUGCUCUGCACAAGGUCAUUGUGGACGCCAUCGGCGCCCUGGGCCCGGACCUGAUCGCCCUCGUCACCAGCCGCGACGAGAUCGCGGAUCUGCUCAAGCUGGAUGAUGUCAUCGACCUCGUCAUCCCCCGCGGCGGCAACGAGCUCGUCAGCCACAUCCAGGCCAACACCAAGAUCCCGGUGCUGGGCCACGCCGACGGCAUCUGCCAUAUAUACGUGGACAAGGCUGCUGACCUGGACAAGGCGCUGAAGAUCGUGGCGGACGCAAAGGCGGACUACCCCGCCGCCUGCAACGCGGUCGAGACAGUGCUGGUCCACGAGGCCCUGGGGGACGCGGGGGUGGACGCGCUGCUGCAGGCGCUGCGGGCAGUGGGCGCAGAGGUGCACGCCGGCGAGCGCCUCGCCGCGGCGCGCCCCGCGCUCGGCCUGCCGGCCGCGCCGGCCGCGCGCCACGAGUACAGCAGCCUUGGGGUGACCCUGGAGACCGUGGAGGCGCUGCAGCAGGCGAUUGACCACAUCCACGCCUACGGCAGCGGCCACACGGAGAGCAUCAUCACGGAGGACGCGGCGGCGGCGGACGCGUUUCUGCUGGGGGUGGACAGCGCGUGCGUGUUCCACAACGCGUCGACACGGUUCAGCGACGGGUUCAGGUUUGGCCUGGGCGCGGAGGUGGGCAUCAGCACGAGCCGCAUCCACGCGCGCGGCCCCGUGGGCGUGGAGGGCCUGCUGACCUCAAAGUGGGUCAUGCGCGGCAGCGGGCAGGUGGUGGCAAAGGACACCGGCGUCAACUACACCUUCAAGAAGCUGCCAACUAGCUAG